UGUUGAGACUCAGAGGCCGGGGCCCUUGAGGCUUAGGAACAGUGGGGUCGAAGUGGCUGAGCGCGGAGUCUGCGGGCUCACUGCGGCCCAGCGGCGAAUCUGCUGGUGACACGCGCGUCCCCCCCGCCCCGCCUGUGCCCACGGUGGCGCUCCUGGUGACGUUGCGGGUGUGAUGGCCGCCGCGAGGCUGGGAAGGUGAAGGUUCGGGCUGGUGGAGUCAACACAGCCGUCGCCUCGAUCUGAGACAGGACAGAGGACCGGGCGCUUUCCAUCUUCUGGGCUGCAGCCAUGUCCGUGAUGCCCACCCUGUGAAGUCCGUCACCGUCCAAAAACUCCUCCUCUGUUCCAAUUGAGCCCGCAGACGGUCGCGGAUCCAUUUUCUUUUCCCUGCUAGGAGUUGCUGUGCAUAGAACUGGCGCCAUGUCCCUGCUCUUUUCUCGAUGCAACUCCAUCGUCACAGUCAAGAAGGACAAGAGACACAUGGCUGAGGUGAAUGCGUCGCCACUCAAGCACUUCGUCACCGCCAAGAAGAAGAUCAAUGGCAUCUUUGAGCAGCUGGGGGCCUACAUCCAGGAGAGCGCCACCUUCCUGGAAGACACCUACAGGAAUGCCGAGCUGGACCCAGUGACGACGGAGGAGCAGGUUCUGGACGUCAAAGGGUACCUGUCCAAAGUGAGGGGCAUCAGCGAGGUGCUGGCCCGGCGGCACAUGAAAGUGGCUUUUUUCGGCCGGACGAGCAACGGGAAGAGCACCGUGAUCAACGCCAUGCUGUGGGACAAAGUGCUGCCCUCCGGCAUCGGCCACACCACCAACUGCUUCCUGCGAGUGGAGGGCACAGACGGCCACGAGGCCUUCCUCCUCACCGAGGGCUCCGAGGAGAAGAGGAGCGUGAAGACCGUGAACCAGCUGGCCCACGCCCUCCAUCAGGACGAGCAGCUGCACGCCGGCAGCCUGGUGAGCGUGAUGUGGCCCAACUCCAAGUGCCCCCUUCUGAAGGACGACCUCGUGCUGAUGGACAGCCCGGGCAUCGAUGUCACCACAGAGCUGGACAGCUGGAUUGACAAGUUUUGCCUGGACGCCGACGUGUUUGUGCUGGUGGCCAACUCGGAGUCCACCCUGAUGCAGACGGAAAAGCAGUUCUUCCACAAGGUCAGCGAGCGGCUCUCCCGCCCCAACAUCUUCAUCCUGAACAACCGCUGGGACGCGUCUGCCUCAGAGCCCGAGUACAUGGAGGAGGUGCGGCGGCAGCACAUGGAGCGGUGCACCGGCUUCCUGGUGGACGAGCUGGGUGUGGUGGAUCGCGCUCAGGCCGGCGACCGCAUCUUCUUCGUGUCUGCCAAGGAGGUGCUCAAUGCCAGGAUCCAGAAGGCCCAGGGCAUGCCCGAAGGAGGGGGCGCUCUUGCUGAAGGCUUUCAAGUGCGGAUGUUUGAGUUUCAGAAUUUUGAGAGGAGAUUUGAGGAGUGCAUUUCUCAGUCUGCGGUGAAGACCAAGUUCGAGCAGCACACGGUGCGGGCCAAGCAGAUCGCGGAGGCCGUGCGUCUCAUCAUGGACUCUCUGCACAUCGCGGCUCAGGAGCAGCGGGUUUACUGCCUGGAAACGCGUGAGGAACGGCAAGACCGGCUGAGGUUCAUCGACAAGCAGCUGGAGCUCUUGGCUCAGGACUACCGACUGAGAAUCAAGCAGAUUACCGAGGAAGUGGAAAGGCAGGUGUCCACCGCCAUGGCAGAGGAGAUCAGGCGCCUGUCCGUGCUGGUGGACGAGUACCAGAUGGAUUUCCACCCUUCCCCGGUGGUCCUCAAGGUUUAUAAGAACGAGCUUCAUCGCCAUAUAGAGGAAGGCCUGGGCCGGAACAUGUCUGACCGCUGCUCCACAGCCAUCACCAGCUCCCUGCAGACCAUGCAGCAGGACAUGAUAGACGGCUUGAAGCCCCUGCUUCCUGCAUCCAUGCGGAGCCAGAUAGACGUGCUGGUGCCUCGCCAGUGCUUCUCCCUCAGCUACGACCUGAACUGUGACAAGCUGUGUGCCGACUUCCAGGAGGACAUUGAGUUCCAUUUCUCCCUCGGGUGGACCAUGCUGGUGAAUAGGUUCCUGGGCCCCAAGAACAGCCGCCGGGCCUUGAUGGGCUACAACGACCAGGUUCAGCGCCCUGUGCCUCUGACACCAGCCAACCCCAGCAUGCCCCCGCUGCCGCAGGGCUCACUCACCCAGGAGGAGCUCAUGGUCUCCAUGGUUACGGGCCUGGCCUCCCUGACGUCCAGGACCUCCAUGGGCAUCCUGGUUGUUGGAGGCGUGGUGUGGAAGGCGGUGGGCUGGCGGCUCAUCGCCCUCUCCUUCGGGCUCUACGGCCUCCUCUACGUCUACGAGCGUCUCACCUGGACCACCAAGGCCAAGGAGAGGGCCUUCAAGCGCCAGUUUGUGGAGUACGCCAGUGAGAAGCUGCAGCUCAUCAUCAGCUACACGGGCUCCAACUGCAGCCACCAGGUCCAGCAGGAACUGUCUGGGACGUUUGCUCACCUAUGCCAGCAAGUCGACGUCACCCGGGAGAACCUGGAGCAGGAGAUUGCCACCAUGAAUAAGAAAAUCGAGGUCCUCGACUCACUUCAGAGCAAAGCGAAACUGCUCAGGAAUAAAGCUGGUUGGUUGGACAGCGAGCUGAACAUGUUCACGCACCAGUACCUGCAGCCCAGCAGAUAGUGGGCAGCGUGGAGCAGAGCCUGCGCAGAGAAGGGCGGGGCCAUCAGUCCACAGCACCCAGGGUCCCCCAGGGACACGCGCAGCUCUGGUCCCUGCCACUGCCGAAUGAAACACCCCUAUGUCCACUGUUCCGAGCCCUCAGCACUAGUCAUUUCCCCUCUGCCUGCUCUGCAGGAGGAUCUGCCCAUCCCCCCACCCUGUGGAGACCUGACCACACCGGGCACCCGUGGGCCGGGGCGCCAGGGCCCCUGUCUGCUUUGUCAGCCUCCCCUGACAGCAUCAGUUGGUGACUUGAUGCGGUCUCAGAUGUCAGCGAUUCAGGGUGACUGACCGGACCUGGCACGUGUUAGGCAGACACCCUCAGCUCCCUGUGGCCCUGCACACCUGCCCUGCUCGUGCCCCAGCAUGCCGGCAGGGAGGCUGCACCGGGGCGCUGGGCGGUCUCCCCAGAAGCCUCGGGAACCAUCGAGAAGGCCGUGCGGCUUGGCUGGGUUUGGCCCUCCGGCCGCUGUGCGUCCUCCCAUUUGCCACUCUUCUGCUGGUCUUGAGACCUCAAAACUGAGGCAGGCCCAGCGCCCCAGAGGAGGGAGGGACGCGCAGGGGCUGAGGAGGGGGACGUGGAGGAUAUGGGAUGCGUGUGGUGCCGUGGGAGGGGGAAGCCAUCACGUGAUCAGGAGGGACGCGUGUCCCUUCCUCUGCUUUCAUCCCUCGGCCCGUGUGGUCCUGGAGAAAGCUGGCCUGUCCAGGUGGUUAAAGAACGUAGUGGGAGGAAGGUGGGGGAAGGUGAGCAUCUUGGUGGCAGGCUGAGGGGAGCCCUGCCCAGGUCGGCUGGACACUGGAGUGGAAAACAGGAACCCCGAUGGACCUUGCUGUGUGAGGCGUUCCCAGGCCUGGGCCCCAUCCCACCAACUUCACUGCACCCCGCUACAGCCCUGCAAGGCACUGCCCACCCCUCCUUGGCCGCGGUGCUCUGGACUUCCCCGUGCCAGGCUCUGCAGGUGGCCAGGAAACAGGGAAACAGCACCCCUGCCCUCCCUCCCCAGCGCCCAGAGCCUCACGCCGACCUGGCAAGUGUUUGUUGUCUUCAUCAGCCUAGGGGGUUAAGUGCCUGGGAAAAGCCGGAUCGGGCUCCCAGGCAGGGCAGACCCGUCUGGUUGUGUCGUGCUGGCCUUGUCCCAGCAGCAUCCAUCUCGGGGAAGUGAGUUGGUGGCCUCCGUGCAGGUGAUGUCCGCGUCCCCUCUUGUCCUCAGGUGCUGGGUCUGCCUUGGCCUAUGGCCUGAGAGAUGGACUUUGUCAAGGGUGACGGGCGAUGGGACAGGGUUUUGAGCGGGGCCAGGCCUGGGUGGGUGGGGUCACCUCACACCAUGUCAGGAAAAUCAGUAUCACACAAUUCCAAUGAAUUUUGUGCUCUUUUUUGAAAAAGUUAUUUAGAAUAAACAUGGAUUUUUUUCAACAUAGCCCCUGGGGAAUGAAUGAAAUCUGAAGCUUCUUACACAAGUCAAAUCCGGGCACUGAAAUCCACCCUUUCUGAAAGACGCGUGGCCGGAAGCACUUUACUUUAAUGCUGCUACCUUUGUUCUCUGUUGUCUGUGCGUUUGCUGGAGUGCGAGGCGGCCCCCACACAGUGGUUCUUCUCCAGUGUACUUGCCUGAACUACUCCUGUAUCAUUGCUCAUAAUAUUGGAACCUGAAAUAAAAUCUAGUUGGAAACCUUG